ACAUAGGUACCGGUUGACUGGGAUCAUUUUACCUAAUUCGUUGUUAACGAAAUAGAUCUGAUGCCCGUGAGAGCAGUGCGGGCAUACGAAUAUCUGUGAUUUCUUUUCCGUCGCCGCUCGACGUUAGCUCUUUAUAAUGUAGGUAUAGUUUAUUCAAACAAGGCCUUUAGGGUAUAAUUAUAUUUAAUGUCAGUGAAUGAGUUGAAUGAUUGUUAUUGGUGGUGCGAUUAUUGGACCAAGAGGUAUUGAGAUAAUUGGAAUAUAGCAAAGAGCACGCAAAAUGACGAUCGCCACAAGAGGCCACGGAGUAGGCAUAGACCCUCCAGACAGCCAGCAAAGUACACAGAUGCACAGUCCACCGGGUCCGCAACAAUUGGCUGACACAAUGUCAGGACUUCAACUCACAGAGAAUGUGGUACAAACAGAAUGCACCAAUGAUACCUUAACUUCGGUAGAGGAUAGUAAUCAACUCCAGGGGGAACCUGAUUUUCCUGUAGCAAAACUCAAUAUUCUUCAUGAGAAAAUAUCUAGUCCACGCUGGGUUGUACCAGUUCUGCCAGAACAGGAGUUAGAGUGCCUGCUGCGAGCCAGUAUCGAACUUUGUAAAAAAGGAAUUGAUGUACAAAGCGAAGCGUGUCAACGCUUUUUUCGAGAGGGACUCACAAUUUCUUUUACCAAAAUAUUAACCGAUGAUGCAGUAAGUAGUUGGAAAUUGAAUAUUCAGAAUUGUAUUAAUACAAACUGCCAGUGGUUGGUGGAACUAUGUGUUCUGAAACUGGACGAGGACUGGUUUCCUCUCCUUGAUUUGCUGGCGAUGGUUUUUAAUCCUAGUAAUAAAUUUCACACAUUUAAUGCUGCAAGGCCUUCGGAAACUGUUCCCGCUUGCAGUGAUAUACCUGAUGAAGAACUUUAUGCGCGUCCACCAUCCGAUUCAAGAAGUCCUCGCGGUUGGCUAGUAGAUCUUAUAAAUAGGUUUGGAAGUCAUAAUGGAUUUGAGAUUUUGCUCUCUAGAUUUCAGAGCGGCCGAAAUUUAACAGUACCAGUUAUUUAUGCUUUAAUCAGACCUUUUGGUUUAUGUCAUGAACUACUUACUGUUCAUACAAUAGUUAAAUAUCUUAUGCCUAUUGUGGAAAUGGUGCCUGUAAUUUUGAAUAAUUUAACUGACGAAGAAUUAAAGAAGGAAGCGAAAAAUGAAUCAAAAAAUGAUGCGAUAUCAGCCAUAAUCAAAGCCGCCAAAUGUUUAGUGUCGCGUGUGCCGCAACAGGACGAAAUGAUUAAAAAUUUGGAAAUUUUGAGACUGAAAAUGAUAUUGAGACUCUUACAAAUUUCUUCGUUCAAUGGAAAAAUGAAUGCUUUAAAUGAAGUAAAUAAAGUAAUUACCACGGUUAGUUUUUAUCAACAUCGAAACGCGAUUACCGAGGAAGAAGAAUGGCUCACCGCAGAACGCAUGGCUAAAUGGAUAAAAGAGAACGGAGUAUUAGAAAUCGUCUUGAGAGAUUCGUUGCAUCAGCCUCAGUACGUUGAAAAGUUGGAAAAAAUUUUACGCUUUAUUAUAAAAGAACGCGCAUUGACUUUAGAAGAUUUAGACGCUGUUUGGGCGGCACAAGCCGGGAAACAUGAAGCAAUCGUGAAAAAUGUUCAUGACUUACUGGCCAAACUUGCUUGGGAUUUUAGCCCCGAACAACUCGAUCAUCUUUUUGAAUGUUUUCAGAUGAGUUGGAAGACUGCUAAUAAGAAACAAAGAGAAAAGUUAUUAGAAUUAAUCAGAAGAUUAGCGGAAGAUGAUAAGGAUGGCGUAAUGGCACAUAAGGUUUUAACUCUCUUUUGGAAUUUGGCUCAUUCUGACGAGGUACCUACAGAGAUCAUGGAUCAAGCACUAAAUGCUCAUGUAAAAAUUCUCGAUUAUUCGUGUUCGCAAGAAAGAGAUGCUCAAAAAACAAUUUGGUUGGACAAAUGUGUGGAAGAAUUGAAGAGCGGCGAUAAGUGGGCUUUACCUGCCUUGAAACAGAUUCGAGAAAUAUGUUGUCUAUACGAACCGAAUCCCAACAUAGUAAGUCACGCUCCACGUGGUCAUCACUUACAUUUUAGGCAAGAUGUUAUUGAACGACUUCAAGCAGAACAUUCAAUAGUAAUUCUUGUAACGAACAGUUUAACAAACUAUAUGGAUAAAAUGCGGCAAUUGGUCAAAGAAAAUCCGGAAAUUGAUGCGAACACUUACAUGCCCGAUGAUCGUUACAAUCACAUUAUGCAAGUGCAAGAAAGGCUUAAUUUCCUUCGUUUCUUAUUAAAAGAUGGUCAAUUAUGGUUAUGCGAAGAUCAAGCUGAACAAAUUUGGCAGUGUUUAGCAGAACAGGGCGUAUUCGUGUCCGAUCGUGAAGCUUGCUUCAAGUGGUUUUCGAAAUUAAUGGGAGACGAACCAGAUCUUGAUCCAGCAAUAAACAAAGACUUUUUCCAAAAAAAUAUACUACAAUUGGAUCCAACAUUACUGACAGAAAGCGGUAUUAAAUGUUACGAGCGAUUUUUCAAAGCCGUUAACUCGAAGGAGGGGAAACUGAAACUAAAAAGAAGAACGUUUUUUAUGGAUGACGUUGACCUCAUUGGUACAGAUUACUUGUGGCGAGUUGUAACCAAUAGCCCCGAAGAAAUUGCAAAUCGCGCCAUUGAGCUCUUAAAGGAAGUAAACACUAAUUUGGGACCGCGACUUCACUCUUCGGUUCUAGCGUUUCAUGUGACGUACAUAGGCGAGUGCAUGGACAGAUUGAAAGCACAUUACGACACUGUGUCCGUGUUGAGCAAAGUGUACCUCGAAGGGAAAGAGGAACGCGAGGAACAAAUGUCGAAUAAAAUUAAAGUGGAAGCUAUGAAAAUGUGUCGCGUCAUGAAGGUGUUGCAGGAAUACAUAAACGAGUGCGAUUCAGCAUUUCCCGUGGAACGAAGAAUAUUGCCAUUACAUAGAGCAGCUCGUGGGAAGCAUCUGUCUCUCAUUAUUCGUUUUGCAAAUCCUGGUCGCAAUGUAGAUGAUAUAGAUGUGUUCACACACAGUAAUGACACUUUAGGAUCGUUGAGACGACAAAUACUGCGCCGAAUUAAAGCAAACGGAUCGAACGUAAAACUUGACUUAUUUCUUAAUGGGGAGUCCCUGGAGCCAGCGGACGACAGAAAGCUUCUUUCUCAAACUCCAUUACGAGAUAAAAUGCUAUUGUCUGCAAAGCUGAGUCAAGUGAACAGUAACAUGCCAAGUUCGCCAGAUAGUAGUUCUGAUAGCUCCACUAGUUCCCCGCAUCAUCCAUACGAUGGACCGAACGUGGAGGCAGAAAAUAGCUUACCGGGCGUGGUAAUAUCGCAAAGAUCGCAAUACGCUACGUUUUUCUUUCAAUUGUCAGAUCUAGGAUGUACACUUCAGCACGCGCAAUUACGCGACGGUGCACGAAAUCUGUUACAAUUGGUGCCACCAGAUACACUCACUGUGUCGCGAUUACAGUGGUUGUUCGGUCAAUGUAAGGACGACGAUAAUUUAGAUAAUGCUCUUUGUAAUGAACAAAAUACCACGGUAGAUUCUUUAUUUUUUACUGCGAGCCCUAGCCAAGUUUUAUACAAUUUAGAGGUUUUAUAUAGUUUGUUAAUGCCAGCUCUGGACCCGAUGUCGGAAAGAGCAUUCGAGUUUCAGUGCAAUUUCAUAAAGAGCGGCGAGGCCGGCGUUAUCCUCGAGAUGUUAACUAAAAACAAGUUUUUACCAAACGCCGACGAGAUCACGAAACGGGCAGCGUAUUUAACGGUGUUGAAGUUGUGCAAACUGUUGUUGACGGUGGUGGGUAACGUGAUGGUCUGCGUGAUGGACGAAGUGCAGCAAGCUGGAAUUUCCGAGAAUCAUGAUAAUCACGUGCAUAACAAUCGAGGUCCAGUGGCGGUUCUGAAGCAAGCGUUGCAAAGCGUACCGAACCAGAACACCGAGUACAUGUUGAGAAGCGUGGCGGCGAAGUUGGCUCAACAUCUAUCGCGUCGGAUGUUGUGCGGAGGAACGGAGUUCGAGAAAUGUCGGCAGCUUUUUAUGCAAGCCCUAUCCUGGGAGCUACCGGACGUAGCAACCAUUCGUGCCAUAAUCAAGCUAGCAUGGGCGGCAUCCACGGGCAAUCUAAACAAUAUAAACGCAUCCGUCGAAAUGCUUCAUACGCUGCACGAGACAAACGAGAAAGAAACGUUUAACAAUCCUGACAACAACGACGUGUUGGUGUGCAAAGAGGCGUUGGAAGUUCUGACGAUCGCCUUGGUGUUGAACCCGACCGCGUUGGAAUCAUUGCCCAGGGACAAAAUGUGGCACACGUUUCUGAUAGAUCUUGUGUUACUGAGUACGUCGAGAAUGGUCAGAAUGGCCGCGGCCGAGCAGUUUUUUCUUAUAUCGACAUGGUACAGUAGCGGUCAUCAGCCGUUGCUGUUCGCGAUAACUCUGCUCUUCUCGGUUUUGAACACCACCGUGAUGGAACACGCGAAACAGAGUCACGAGUACUUUCAGCUGUUGUGCAGACUGUUGAAUUUCUCUCACAUGUCGGGAUGUCCCCUCUUGACCGCCGAGACGUUGUUGAACAUCGAGAUAGCGUGGCUGAAGAAGGUUUGCGACAACGUGAAAGAGACCGGCGAGAGUCAAAUCGACGAGGCUGUCCUCGAGGGCCACCUAGGCCUCACUAAAGAGCUAUUGGCGUUCCUGCCACCGAGCAAGAAGUACGAACUGGGUUCGGACGAGAAACACGGCGCAAAUUUGAUAAAAGAAUUGGUCGAGGACUUCGUGUUUCCCGCGUCGCGUCUUAUGCUGCAACUGCGCAGCACCGGCGAACUAAGUGCCUCGCAAGCGAGCCCGGUCUGCACCACGCCUCAGUCGACCAGCGCGGCGUUCGAUCUACUCGUAGGCCUUUGUAUAGGCUGUGCACCCAACAUGAAACUUCUAGUCAUAAUGCUCACUGACAUGUUUUACUCGGAGAGAGACGAACCGCUAGUAGAGUGGGAUUACCUACCACCGGUUGGCCUUCGGCCGUUAAAGGGCUUUGUGGGUCUAAAGAACGCAGGCGCGACUUGCUACAUGAACUCAGUAUUACAACAAUUGUACAUGGUCGAGAGCAUAAGGGUCGGGCUUCUGGCCGCGGAGGGUGCAGCCACAGACUUGAACGAGGAUUUCUCCGGCGAGGAGAGGAUCGAGGGAGAACAAACGAUCGAAGCGAACGAUAACGAUACGAACGAAGAGAAAUGCGGCGCCGAUGAAUCCAGAAAGGAAUAUAAUAUCGGCAUUCUGAAACAGGUCCAAGCGAUUUUUGGUCAUCUGGCUUACAGCAAAUUGCAAUAUUAUAUACCCAGAGGUCUCUGGAAACAUUUUAAACUUCAGGGUGAGCCUGUAAAUCUCAGGGAACAACAAGACGCUGUAGAAUUUUUCAUGAGCCUAGUGGAAAGCUUGGACGAGGCGUUAAAAGCUUUGGGACAUGAACAGAUAAUGAGCAGGAUUCUUGGUGGUUCAUACAGCGACCAGAAAAUCUGCAAAGGUUGCCCUCAUAGAUAUUCCAAGGAAGAGCCGUUCAGUUUGAUAAGCGUGGACAUCAGGAAUCACAGCAAUCUAUUGGAUUCUCUCGAACAGUACGUGAAAGGGGAAUUGCUAGAAGGCGCAGAUGCUUAUCACUGCGAUAAAUGUAACAAAAAGGUCGUGACGGUGAAACGAUUAUGCGUGAAGAAGUUGCCACCUGUUUUAGCCAUUCAAUUGAAAAGAUUCGAAUACGAUUUUGAGAGAGUUUGCGCCAUAAAGUUUAACGAUUAUUUUGAAUUCCCGAGAGAUUUGGAUAUGGAACCUUAUACUGUUUCUGGACUUGCUAAAGUGGAGGGAGAAGUUAUAGACUGUGACUACGAGGAGUCAAUAAAAGGAACUUGUACUAAAUACCAAUUGACUGGCAUCGUAGUCCACAGUGGUCAGGCUAGCGGGGGCCAUUACUAUUCUUAUAUUUUGCACAGGCAAAGCGAUGGCAUUGCUAAAUGGUAUAAAUUCGACGAUGGCGAUGUUAUGGAAUGCAAAAUGGAAGAGGAGGAAGAAAUGAAGUCUCAAUGCUUUGGCGGCGAUUAUUUGGGAGAAGUGUUUGAUCACAUGCUUAAACGGAUGAGUUACCGGAAGCAGAAACGAUGGUGGAACGCAUAUAUGUUAUUUUACACCAGAUUGGACGUGGAGGAAAAUUGUUUGAUGAAAAGCGUUAAUGAAUUAUCAUUGUAUACGAAACUAGGAGUUAUGAAAAUGCCACCAGCUAUCGAAUACAGCGUUAGAAAACAGAAUAUAAAAUUCAUGCAUAAUCGGAACCAAUUUAGCGCGGAGUAUUUUCAAUUUAUCAAGAAACUCGUAUCUUGCAAUCCCCUGAACAUCAAUAGGCAAAAUAUGAACGAGAAACUUAGCUCCGAGCAGGAAGAACUUGCUAUGUUGUCCGUUCAAUUAGCGUCGAGAUUCCUGUUUUAUACAGGUUUCCAUACUAAAAAGACUUUGCGUGGAAAUGCAACGGAUUGGUACGAUAUUGUCUGUCACCAUUUGCGCAGUAGUAAAUCUGUGCGGUCCUGGUUUGCUCAUAAUGUGCUAUUUAAUCAUCCGCAUAGAUUUUGCGAGUACCUUUUGAGCUGUCCCAGUACAGAAGUUCGAACAGCUUUUCUCAAAAUUUUGGUAUUUCUUGCACACGUUUCCCUUCAGGAUGGCCCAUGCGUGCCGCCUAGUUUAAACGCACCAACCAUACUAUUGGACCCAACGGCGACGCUCAGCGAUCACUUGUUGCACGCAGUUCUUUCUUUGCUUCAUCGUGAAAUCUCCGAUCAUGGGCGUCACCUACCACACUAUUUUUCCUUGUUCUACACAUACGCGUCGCUUGGUCUUGCUGAAAAGGCUCAGUUGCUUAAGUUGAACGUUCCGGUUACGUUUAUGUUGGUUGCAAUCGACGAGGGACCCGGCCCUACAAUAAAGUAUCAGUAUCCUGAAUUGACUAAAUUGCACCAAGUAGUUAGCAUGUUAAUACGUUGCUGCGACGUAUCAUCGAAAGCACAUUCAAGUCAUGCACAAUCAGGAGUAGCGCCUUUGCCGAAUCCGUACGGAGACCCGGCCUGCCAGAAUGAAUAUUUAAUGCCUAUACAACCACAGGCAGCGGAUAUCCUUUUUGUUAAAAACAAUUACAUGAAAAAACUGAUCGAAGAUGCCGACGUGAACGUCACCGAAGACACAGUGAAAUUACUGCAAUAUUGUUGCUGGGAAAAUCCACACCUAUCACGGACAGUACUCAGCGAAUUGUUAUGGCAAAUUGGAUUUGCUUUCACACACGAGCUGAAACAUCACACGGAAUUACUACUUGCCAUGCUUCUUAUGGAGGAUUCAUGGCAGACGCAUCGUGUUCAUAAUGCUCUUAAAGGUGUACCGGACGAAAGAGAAGGAUUAUUCGAAAUAAUACAAAGAAGUAAACACCACUAUCAGAAAAGAGCCUAUCAGUGCAUCAAAUGUAUGGUGCAGCUUUUCAGUAAAUGUAGACCUGCGCACCAACUUCUGCAUCACAAUCCCGAAUUGAAGAGGAAGUGGAUUCACGCUAUCGACUGGCUUCACGAAGAACUCGAGAAAAGACCGUACGCUUCUACGACACCGUACACUCACGCGUACAGUAAUUGGUCUCCACCAGCGCAGUCUAAUGAUUCUACGAAUGGAUACGUAUUAGAACGCAGCAACAGUGCAAGGAAGACAUUAGAGAGAGCAUAUGAACUUUGUCCCGAUGUGGAACGAGAGGUGGAAGACGCGAGCGAAGAAUGCGCGGAGGAAGCAGAGAAGUACCAACCUCAAAAUAGAGUGGUAAUGCGAUCAGGGCGCACGCUAGGAUGGAUGUCUUUAGGUUACCCCGAUGUGACCGUGAUACAGCAAAUGCUGGAGGAACAACAACCGCAACCUGGACCGUCUCCAGUUCACACUCCUCUUUUAGCUCACCAGUUACACAGUCCACAGAACUGUGAGUCAUCGCAAAAUACCAGCCGGGAUCCAUAAUGAACGCUAAACACUGACGUUCUACCAAGUUGCUGCCUCGGUGAAACAAUUUCAAACUACUUAGAUGUUACUGCGCCAGCAGCUUGGUGCCGAACGGUAGAGGCACCUGUACAGAUAUAACUCGCAAAACUGUUCUUUUUUUGCAACUGGUAUUCACGAACUUUGCAUUUGCAAUCUGUCAGUUUUAUUGUGGGCAGUUACAAUUCAUAAUGAUACGAUGUGGGUAUAGCUAUUUGCAUUAACGAGAGAAGAAGAGGAACGACGAUAGAACCAGCAGGGCGAUUACGAUUAAGAACAGAAUUUCUACGUAUUGGUUGAGGCAACCAAUUCCCGUCGUGGUUUUUUUCGUACACCUAAACGUUCGCGCAUUUCUUCAUUUCGUGCAUCCAUGAUCGGUUUUCUGCUUUCGAACUUGGAGAUGGUGACGUUCUGGUAGGAAGAAACCUCCGGAAGAGGUUGACAGGAAACGAAAAACAAAAUGGAAAAAAAAGGAAACAAUUUAGCUAUGAAUCUGACUUGCCUCGAUUAAUGCAUACGAAUUCGAGUGUAGGAAUACGAUAAGAUUGUAUAAAUGUAUAGCGAAUAGUGUUAUGGAAUCCCGUCUCUGCCGAAUAGAAAACAAAGGUAUAAAAGAACGUAAGUUUCCGUAUGCCUAUGUAAAUUUGUUACUAAUAAAAAAAAACGUUAAAAUGAAACUUUCUAACGACCGAAAGAUAAGGCUAAACGUACAGUAGUUUACGAUUUAAUUGGAAAAACAAAAGCAGAGCUACAGAAAGGAAAAAAAAAAAAAAAGAAAAUUAUGCAACUAUUGAUAUUUCACUAUUUUAGUCUUUCAAGACGAAUUAAAAGAAAAAAGAGUACACAUAUACACAUACACACACAUACAUGAAAGAAGAAAUUUCCUUGUACUUAAUCUCAAGCAUCAAAGAAGGAAAGUCAUUUCUCUGUGCGGCGGAUUACGCUGUUUAAGAAUUUAGACAUACACCAAUGAUGCCUCCCAUUGUGCUUUCUUUCAUUUCAUCCAAUUUGAAAGAGUUGUGCCUUCGAUAUUGUGCGACUCCAUUUGUAUUCUUAGAUAGAUGUUUAAGAGAUCGGGUUGUUACUUCGAAUUCGAUUGCUUCUAUUUUUGUCUGUUACGUUGAUUAUUUACGGAGAAGCUAGAGAAUGGAAUCGAUGAAAACUACGCGAGAGAUACAUACGUCGAAGUACGCGGUGCCGGAGUGUCGACUGUUCAAUUAAAAUUAGUUGAAUAAAAUGGAAGCUAACAACGGGAUAACUCGUAACUUGACGCCGUUGACGAUGAAUAAUUGAAACGCCGCUGAAAGGAACUGUUGUUCGGUUUUAGCAUAAGAGAUCCGUGUUGUCGCGAGAGAAAGACGAGUCCUUGUUCGAAGUCCAAAUUUUUACAAACAAAAGGAAUUGAAGAAAGCGUGACGGUAGCACCAAAAGGGUAUGGAGCAAAUAUAAAACUCUAAUUUGUAUCGUUCUAUGGUACGAUCACAUCGUUGAGAAAAGAGCUGUGGUCUUUUCGCGGUAUUGUAACAAAGCAAUUCUGAGUUUCCCACUCGACAAGAAACGGAAUUUAGACAGGCAAAUUGUACCGGUUAUGGCAUUUUAUCGGGCAUACACGCGUAAACUAAAUGGAGACAAACGUGACUGCGAUCGGACAAUUUUUAAACUUAUGAACUGGCCAUAGCUCUGACUUAUUGAAUAACAUGUGUUAUAUAGAUAUUAUAUAGAUGAUACUAAAAAAAAAAAAAAAAAUGAAGAAAACUGGG